GUACGUUCAUCCAUCCAGUCCACCAACAAAACGAAAGGCAACAACAAUAACUUAGAAAACCAACAGAUUACUUCCUCAUAAUUCACAGAACAGAAAUGGAUCUCCAGGAAAUAAAAUAAAGAGGUGAGGUCGCACGUGGUGAAUAAGGUGGAGAUAAACACGCAUCCACGUGUAAAACCCAAGACCACAAGGCAGCACAAAAUCCCCUUCUUCCCCAAUUUAUCCACACCCCCAAAAACCUUAAUCACUCUCACUCUCACUCUCCUCCACAAUUCCCAAAUGCCAUUCAAUAAUUACUCAAUUAAUUGCCAUUCCUAAACCCCACUCUCUCUCUCUGGAAAUGGCGCUCCUGCAUUCCCCUCCGUCGUCGUCUUCCUCCUCAAUCUCCCACAAACCCCACUUAAACCCCUCCUACGCCCCCCGCCCCGCCCAGAACUUCCUCUCUCCGCCCCACCAGCGCCAGCGGCGGCGGCCUCACUCGGUGUCGUGCUCGGCGUCGUCGUUCCCGGAGAAGCACCACACCAACUCCCCGAAAUCGGACGACGUGGUGGAGCUGCCGCUCUUCCCCCUCCCCUUGGUACUCUUCCCGGGGGCCAUCCUCCCCCUCCAAAUCUUCGAGUUCCGCUACCGCAUGAUGAUGCACACCCUCCUCCACACCGACCUCCGCUUCGGCGUGAUCUACACCGACGCCUCCACGGGCACCGCCGACGUGGGCUGCGUGGGCGAGGUGGUGAAGCACGAGCGCCUCGUGGACGACCGCUUCUUCCUGAUCUGCAAGGGUCAGGAGCGCUUCCGCGUCACCCGAUUGCUCCGCACCAAACCCUACCUCGUCGCCGAGGUCACCUGGCUGGAGGACCGCCCCUCCGCCGGCGAGCUCCAGGACCUCGACGCCCUCGCCGACGAGGUCGAGACCUACAUGAAGGACGUCAUCCGCCUCUCCAACCGCCUCAAUGGCAAGCCCGAGAAGGAGGUGCAGGAUCUCAGGCGGAACCUCUUCCCCACGCCCUUCUCCUUCUUCGUCGGCAGCACCUUCGAGGGGGCGCCGCGCGAGCAGCAGGCCCUGCUGGAGCUCGAGGACACCGCCAUGAGGCUCAAGAGAGAGAAGGAGACGCUCAGGAAUACCCUCAAUUACUUGACGGCCGCCUCCGCGGUUAAGGAUGUCUUUCCCUCCACAUAGCAAUGCAAUGUAUUUUCAUGGGAAUGUCUCUGUCUCAACUUUUUUAUAUCCAAUACAUAAUUUCACUUAUAUA